AAAAAGCGUUGGCGGCUGAGAAGAGGCGGAUCCGCAGAUCUGCCGGUUCUCGAAUUUGGGACGAAAGUCGCUGUGCAAACAUCUCUCGCAAAAAAAUUGCCUAUUAGCGGCACCGUCAUCGUCAAUUGUGCAAUCAUCAUCAUGUUUAUUCAGAUGCGAUCUGUUUAUCGCGCGCGGUUAGUCUCGCAUGUCCCGUCAAUGAAAAAGCCGAGUUCGUGAUAGCGGUGGAAAAAGCAACGAGAUCCAUAUCUUUUAGCUGUACCUCGUUACACUUUCUGUACUUGAAAUGAAACAUCUGUUCGAAAUGAGAUAGAUGUAUAUUCGUGCUUUGUGAUGACAGAAGGCGAAACGAGACUAACGAGAAUGCAGCUGAUACGGUCGGAUCUAUAAAUAUAUACGCAUGUUUUGAGGGAAGAAAAAAGAGGAAAGGAAAUAAUUUACAAAGUGGAAUAUAUAGAAAGUGCAAUUAGAAGGAACGAGUUCUCGGUGUACAGUCUGCUCCAGUUUGCUACUCACGGCAAUAGGAGUAUACAAGUAACAAACAAUCCUUCGAAGUGCAGUAAAGCGCGCAAAUGUCAGAUGGCUCAUGACGGCAGCAAGGCGAGAGUAGGAAUGUGACGGAGCGCAAUUUGGCGGCUUUUGAAUUUUCUCAGCAGAAAAACUCAAGUCCGCGCAAUACACUGAGAAUCUUGAAUUGUCCACGAUGGAGGGCCAUCAGGUAAGAGCGCUAUAUGACUUCACGGGCGAGUCAGGAACGGCAGAAUUGUCUAUCACUGCUGGUGAGAUUCUGACUGUCAUACGAGACAAUGUGGGAGAUGGUUGGUGCGAGGGAUUUAAUCAGAGCGGGCAAUCAGGCUUGUUUCCAGCGGCAUACGUUCAAGUGGUUGAGCAACCUGCAAUCUCUUCCAAUACUAUGACAUCAUCCCAGCAAAGCUCUGGAGAUUAUUGGGAUGAUGACUGGGAUGAUGAUUCUGAAGUUGGACAAACGCAGGCUUAUGUUCCACCUACGCAGCAGCAGCAGCCACAAAUUAUACAACAGCCACAGCAGAAUAGUGUCAGCGAAUAUGGUGAUCAAGUAUCAAUGCAUACUAUACAUUCUGUGAUACCAGACAGGCCUAUACCCAAUGUACCAAAGAAAAAUAACAAGUUUUCUACAUUGAUCAAGUCAGGAGAAGAUAGCUUUUUGAUGGGCACUAGAAUAGUAACUGUGCCUGAGAGCGAAAAGAUCUUUAUAGAGGAGGACGAAGUCGGUCGAUGUACGUGGGUGCCGACCGGGGAAUCUUACAGUUGCGUCGUCACAUCGCCCAAGAAGGAAUCCAAGCUGAAAGGUCUCAAGAGUUUCAUCGUCUACCAGCUAACUCCUACGUUCAACAAUAUACAAGUCUCGAGAAGAUACAAGCACUUUGAUUGGUUGCACGAGCGUUUAGAGGAAAAAUAUUGCUUCAUUCCGAUCCCACCUCUGCCCGACAAGCAGAUAUCCGGCCGCUACGAAAAUGCAUUUAUCGAGCAUCGACGUACUCAGCUGCAGGAGUUUGUCGAUUAUGUCUGUCGGCAUCCUGUUCUGUCGCGUAGUCGUGUUUGGGAGCAUUUUAUCACGUGCACGGACGAAAAGCGAUGGAAGGCGGGGAAACGGCAGGCGGAGAAGGACGAGCUGCUAGGCGUUAAUUACUUCAACGCCAUCCAAUGCCCGGACACGCCGCUGGAUAUCAUAAAAAUGGAGAUUCAGAUGGAUGCUUUCGGUAAAUUUAUCAGCACAUUGGAUCCGAUAGUAAAGAAUUUUAUGGCAAUGGCGGGCGAUCAGGCGAGGAAACAUCAAACACUGUACAAAAGAGAAUUCCAAAAGAUUGGCCAAUCAUUCACGUCGCUCGGUCAUGCUCUGGAAGCGGACGAUAACGGUCGCGGAAAGUUAACGAAUGCAUUAAAGGCUACCGGCGACGCUUACAACGAUAUUGGAAAACUGUACGACGAUCAGCCCAAGUUCGAUUGGGAGCCAUUAGCUGACAAAUUUCAUAUCUAUCGCGGUAUUAUUAGCAAUUUUCCAGAUGUCAUCAGCAUUCAUAAGAGCGCUGUGCAAAAGCGAAAGGAUUGCGAUCGACUGGUUAGCGAGCAUAAAAUGGAACCGCAGCAAUUACGCGAGCUUUCCCAUCGAACUGACGUAAUAGCCCGCGCGCUGAUCGCCGAGGAAACGCAUUUUCAAACGGAACGUGAGGUACAUAUAAAUAAAGCUGUAAAGACACAUCUCAGGGAACAAAUCACCUUUUAUCAAAAAAUAGUCGACAAAUUACAGGAAGCGUUAAAUGCGUUCGAAUAAUACUCGAGUAAUUGCAAUCUGCCUAAAUAUAAAAUUCAAUCGCUCUAAAGCUGGCUGAUGUCAUCGCUAACAAACAAGUAUUCUGAUUACGAUGAUAAAUAUACCAAAUGCACAUAGUUUCACAGUGAGAUAUGUACAUACAUUAGAUAUAUAUAUAUAUAUAUAUA